UGCACUACUCCUGCUCACUCUGCACUACUCUCCUGUGCUGUAGUGUACAACAGUAAAGAGGGCGGGGCUUUCACACGCCCAGUGAGCUCCACACUCAGGACCCGGAUGUAAGCUUACGCUCGGUAGCAGCCAAGAAUCAAAGAUGCAGACCAUAAAAUGUGUGGUGGUGGGAGAUGGUGCGGUGGGAAAGACCUGUUUAUUGAUCUCCUACACAACCAACAAGUUUCCUUCAGAAUAUGUUCCUACGGUAUUUGAUAACUAUGCAGUCACAGUGAUGAUUGGAGGAGAGCCGUACACACUUGGACUUUUUGACACAGCAGGUCAAGAGGACUAUGACAGGCUCCGGCCCCUGAGUUACCCUCAGACAGACGUCUUUCUUGUGUGCUUCUCCGUUGUCUCGCCGUCCUCCUUCGAGAACGUCAGAGAAAAGUGGGUACCAGAGAUCUCCCAUCACUGUCCUCGGACUCCGUUCCUGCUGGUUGGGACUCAGGUGGAUCUGAGAGAUGACUCUAACACAGUGGAGAAACUUGCUAAGAACAAACAGCGUCCGCUGUCACCUGAGAGUGGAGACAAACUGGCCAGAGACCUCAGAGCAGUGAAAUAUGUGGAAUGUUCUGCCCUCACACAGAGAGGCUUAAAGAACGUCUUUGAUGAAGCCAUCCUGGCUGCCUUGGAGCCUCCUGAGACCAAACCCAAGAAACGCUGCAUUCUCUUAUAAAAGAAAUUUGGGAAUUAGUUGAUGGGGAGAAAAAUGUGAGGCAUUCAGACUGUGCCUUUAGUUUUACACAAUUAAGUGGUUUGUGUGCUAAUAUGCUGACAUCUCACUUUCAGACUAAUGAUCAGUCUUUCUAUACAAGACCUACAUGUACACAAAAAAUGCCUUCAAAACAUGGAAAUGGAUGAAUGGCCUGCUUCUUUCUUUCUUUCUUUCUUUCUUGUGUUAUUUGGUUUUACAACUCUGUCAUUACUUAAACAUAUAACCAUUUAAAUGUGUUUUUCACAUCAUUCACUUUGACUUUGUUUAUUCUCAGCAGUCUUAAAAAGACAAUGUGAUAAGUUGUUUUUCUUCUUUCAUUCCCUUGCAUUGAAGUGACUGGAACUCCAGUUUUUUUCUUAUCACCUCUGCAGGACUUAAACUGAUCAUUUAUUUCUUCCCAAAUGAUUGUGGCGUAUUAAUAAUGAGACAAGUAUUGUAUGAUCAUUUUGAUUAAUUUUUGGUGAGUGGGUGUUUAACUGUUAGGACUUUGAGAUUUUAGUGCAAUUUUUUAAAAUAUUGUUUGAAUUUAUUUUGUGCUGAAUGUUAGGUGCCACUUUUCAUCUUGGUUGGUGUUUUUUGCCUUUUAAGAAAUAUUAAAUGCAUUAGAAUCAAUUACAUUACAUUACAUUAGCUGGUUUCUACAUUGUUAGCGAUGGUAAUUAAAGCAAUAAUAUUUACAGGUAAUAAAAAUACAGGAUGUCUAACUAUGUGGGAGUAGAUCUCAUGUGUAACUAAUUUUAAAAAUAACCUGAACUGUAAACUUGUUGUAUUUUUUGCAUUUACACAAUUUCUUCCAAACCAAAUAUAGAAAUGGUCUUUA